AUGUUUGGAUCAUUUAUUCCUUCCUCUAGGAUGGCGAAGAGGGGUUAUCUACUUAUAUUCGUCAACAUGUCUUCUAAACCUAUCAUUGUCGUUGCUUUCUACUCUACCUACGGUCACAUUGAUGCCCUCGCUACUGAGGUCAUUAAGGGUGUCGAGUCCGCAGGAGCUAUCGCGAAGCCAUAUGUGAUUAAGGAGACCCUUCCCCAAGAGGUGUUAACCAAGAUGUACGCCAAUACAUCACUUCAAUCCAAAUAUCCUACUAUCGCUCCGGAAGAUUUGAAAGAAGCGGAUGGUAUAAUCUUCGGUGCUCCUACUAGAUAUGGAAGACUUCCAUCUCAAGUUGAUGCGUUCUUCGAUGCUACCGGCGGUCUUUGGGCUGCGGGUUCAUUGACUGGAAAAUUUACGACCCUUUUCACCUCGGCAGCAGGUCAACAUAGCGGAUUAGAGUCAACCAUUCUCACUACAUUCCCUUUCUUCGCUCAUCAUGGUCGCUACUCAAAUCCCGCUAUCGGAGGUGUUGAUGUCGUUCAAGGUGGUUCACCAUAUGGAGCAUCAACCGUUGCUGCUGGGGACGGACAUUUGAUGCCCACUACUGUGGAUCUCGAAGUCGCUCAUCAUCAAGGUAAAUACUUUGCCAACUUUGUCGGAACCUACAAGAAGGGAAAGGCAGCCGCCACUAGUGCUACUUCUACCACUGCCGCCGCUGUUGUCCCCGCUACUACAACUUCUUCCGGUGCCGCUAGGGACAUUCCUGAGAAAGUAGCCGGUGAACCCACAUUAGACGGCUAUGCCCUCGGAGCACCAAUCGCAGCUUCUUCCGAAAAGCCAUCUUCAGUCACUACAGCUACUGCCACUUCUACUCCAGCUGAAACUGGUACUACUACAGCUGCUGCCACCCCAACUCCAGUCGAAACCACCUCUACUCCUAAGGAGACUACCACUACCCCUAAGGAACCUAUUGCUGCCGAAACUCCAGUCCCAGCCGCCACCAAAGAGACUGUUCCUGUCGCUACCAAGGAAACUGCUCCAGCCGCAUCUACACCCGCACCUGUAAAGAAGGCUGAACAGAAACCCAAGAAGAAAGGUUUCUUCUCUUGUUGUGAUGAUUCCAGCAUUGACAAGUAG